AUGGCACCUCGCCUCCCAUGGCGGUUCCUCCAGUUCUUGCUACUACUGCUGGGGGUUUCAUCUGCUGCUCAAGCACAGGUGAACAUCACCCUGGGCUCCUCCUUGACGCCCCAGGGACCAAACAGCUCAUGGCUCUCACCCUCCGGCGACUUCGCGUUCGGUUUCCAGCCAAUGGAAGGUAACACCUCCUCGUACCUCCUUGCCGUCUGGUUCGACAAGAUCCCUGAAAAGACUGUCGCUUGGUAUGCCAAGAGCAGUCAAGACACACUGGUGCAAGUGCCAUCCAGCUCUGUGCUCCAGCUCACAACUGAUGGGUUGCUCUCGCUUCGCAACCCAUCUAACGAUGAGGUCUGGAGUCCCCGGGUCACUGGUGCGGCCUACGCCAGCAUGCUCGACACAGGCGACUUCAGGCUUGUCGGUGCAGAUGGCAAACCAAAGUGGAAGACCUUUGAUUUCCCGGCUGAUACCAUCCUGCCCACACAAGUGCUUCCUGUGGGUCAGCAGGAUAAGGUACUUAGAAGCCGUCUCAUCGCCACGGAUUACGCCAAUGGCCGGUUUCUCCUAGCUGUGCAAUCUGAUGGUAAUCUCGUGUUCUAUCCAGUUGCCGAGCCUACCACAAAACGGUACGAUGCAUACUGGGCAUCUGGUACAGAUGGGAAUGGCUCAAAGUUGGUGUUCAAUGAAACUGGCAGGAUAUACUUCACAACCACAAAUGGGACACAGAUCAAUAUCACUUCAGCAGGGGUGAACUCAAUGGGUGAUUACUUCAAUCGUGCCACGCUUGACCCAGACGGUGUAUUUCGGCAAUAUGUCUACCCAAAGAGCAGACAGGCCGCAAGAUUAUGGGGCUUGCAAUGGACAGCGGUGAACUCAGUUCCCCAGAACAUCUGCCAGGUGAUAAUGGCAAACAAUGCCGGCAGUGGGGCAUGUGGCUUCAACAGUUACUGCAGCUUUGAUGGCACCCAGGAUCAGACAACAAUAUGCCAAUGCCCAGACCAUUACAAGUUCUUUGACGAGGAGAGAAAAUACAAAGGGUGCAGGCCAGACUUUGAACCACAAAGCUGUGACCUGAAUGAGGAAGCAGCGGAAGCCCAGUUUGAGAUGACUCAGAUUGAUAAUGUUGACUGGCCUCUAGCCGACUAUGAGGAGUACAGCCCCAUAGAUCUGACUGAAUGCCGGAGACUGUGUAUAAUUGAUUGCUUCUGUGCCACAGCCGUCUUUCAUGCAAGCACAAAUACCUGCUGGAAGAAAAAGCUCCCUUUAUCAAAUGGGAAAAUGGCGGAAAGCGUAGACAGGAUGGUUCUUAUCAAGGUGCGUAGGAGCAACAAUACACAGUCGCAGCUCAGCAGUGGCUCUAGCAAAUGGAAAAAGGAGAAGAAGUAUUGGAUUCUUGGGAGUUCAUUGUUUUUUGGGAGUUCUGUAUUGCUAAACCUUCUACUUAUCUCUAUUCUGUUCUUUGGCACUUAUUGCGGUAUCUCCAUCACCUCCAAGAAGAAACUCCAGUCACCACAAUCGUCAGGUAGUUCUAUAUUGCCCCCAAAGAUUUUCACUUACAAUGAACUGGAGAAGGCAACCAGUGGUUUCCAUGAGGUGCUUGGCAGCGGUGCCUCUGGUACCGUGUACAAAGGACAGCUGCAAGAUGAGCAUGCGACCAGCAUGGCCGUCAAGAAAAUUGGAAAGCUCCAGCAAGAGACUGAGAAGGAGUUCAUGGUGGAAGUGCAAACCAUCGGGCAGACAUUUCACAAGAACUUGGUCAGGCUGCUUGGUUUCUGCAAUGACGGAACUGACAGACUGCUUGUAUAUGAGUUCAUGACCAAUGGCUCGCUGAACGAGUUCCUCUUUGGUGAUGCUCGGCCACAUUGGAGUCUCCGUGUGCAAGUUGCACUUGGAGUGGCACGAGGGCUGCUCUACUUGCACGAGGAGUGCAGCACACAGAUUAUCCACUGCGACAUAAAACCACAGAACAUCCUUCUCGACGACAACUUUAUGGCGAAGAUUGCAGACUUUGGCCUGGCGAAGCUUCUUCGAGCCAACCAGACACAGACAAACACCGGCAUCCGGGGUACUCGAGGUUACAUUGCCCCAGAGUGGUUCAAGAACAUAGGGAUCACCUCCAAAGUCGAUGUUUACAGCUUUGGUGUGAUCCUGCUUGAGCUUGUGUGCUGCAGGAGGAAUGUGGAGGUAGAGAUCGACGAUGAAGAGCAGGCGAUACUAACUUACUGGGCAAACGACUGUUACAGGUCUGGGAGGAUCGACUUGCUGGUGGAAGGCGACGAUGAGGCAAACUUCAACAUAAAAAAGGCAGAGCGAUUCGUGGCUGUCGCCCUUUGGUGCCUCCAGGAGGAGCCGACUAUGCGGCCAACCAUGCUUAAAGUGACACAGAUGCUUGAUGGAGCAGUGCAGAUCCCCACGCCUCCGGAUCCCUCUUCCUUCAUCAGUUCACUUCCGUAG